AUUUGUUCUCUCUUGUAACGAGUGGCUCAGACCGCGUCCUCCCUACCGUCGACUCUUCACGGAUAGAUGAACGCUGCUCUAUCCAGUCCUUGUCCAUCGCAGCCAUGGCUUCUUCCUCGGCCCUUCUUCUCCCCUCAGCUCCAAGCUUUCCCAAGAGACCAUGGUGCAGUCAUUAUAUGAUAUCCACACACAAGUUCCUAAGUUUUGAAGUCUGCUGCUCGGCUUCAGAGCCUGGAUAUAAAGCUGUCAAGAUGAGAAAUUAUGGAGAGGAUGCCAAACUAACGAGUCGGAGGAGUGCAUUUGGAUUGGUUUUGGUGAUGUCUGCCUUCGGUUUAGCUAUUGCCAAAGCCAAUGGAGCUGCCUUGCCUCCAGAGCAAAAGCCAAGAUUAUGUGAUGAUGUUUGUGAAAAGGAGCUUGAAAAUGUACCUAUGGUAACUACAGAAUCUGGCUUGCAGUACAAGGAUAUUGAAAUUGGCAAAGGUCCAAGUCCACCUGUUGGUUUUCAGGUUGCUGCAAACUAUGUUGCCAUGGUACAGUCUGGACAAAUAUUCGAUAGCUCCCUGGAGAAAGGCCAACCAUAUAUUUUCCGCAUCGGUUCCGGUCAGGUGAUCAAAGGACUCGAUGAAGGGAUAUUGAGCAUGAAAGUUGGAGGAAAGCGCCGGCUAUACAUACCUGGCUCUUUAGCAUUCCCUAAAGGUCUUAAUUCAGCUCCAGGAAGGCCACGAGUAGCCCCGAACAGCCCUGUGAUUUUUGACGUCAGUUUGGAGUACGUACCGGGCCUAGAGACUGAUGAGUAAAUGCAAUUCUUCACAUUUAUUUGUUUUUCAGAGGAAAUGUACAAUAUCGAGUGGAAAGGAAAAACAUGGCAGAUGCCUCCAGAAUUCUCAAAUGCUCUCUUAUUUUUCAAUUCAAAAAUUGAACUCAUUUUUUU